AUGUCGACGACAAUGCUCAAGAACAGCGCCGUGCGUAAUGCUCUGCGGACAGCAGCACCGUCUACAACAGCGAGAGCUGCAUGCUUCAGCACCUCGGUUGCGAGGAACAAGGCGACAUUGCCUGAUCUGCCAUACGACUACGCCGCCCUCGAGCCCGCCAUCUCCGGCCAGAUCAUGGAGUUGCACCACUCCAAGCACCACAACACCUACGUCAACUCCUACAACGCCGCACAAGAGAAGAUGAUGGACGUGCAGUCCCAAGGCGAUAUCCAGGGCCAGAUCGCCCAGCAAGCCCUCAUCAACUUCCACGGCGGCGGCCACAUCAACCACACCCUCUUCUGGGAGAACCUCGCCCCGAAAUCCUCCGGCGGCGGCGAGCCCCCGUCUGGUCAACUCGCUACUGCCAUCAAUAACUCCUACGGCAGCCUCGACGCCAUGAAGGAGAAGUUCAACGCCGCGCUUGCGGGGAUCCAGGGUUCCGGAUGGGCGUGGCUGGUGCAGGAUACGCAGACCGGCGCCAUUGGCAUUAAGACGUACGCGAACCAGGAUCCGGUGGUGGGGCAGUUCCGGCCGUUGCUGGGGAUCGACGCGUGGGAGCAUGCGUAUUAUCUGCAGUAUCAGAACCGGAAGGCGGAGUAUUUUGGGGCGGUGUGGGAUGUGGUUAACUGGAAGGCGGCGGAGAAGAGGUUCAAGUAG